AUGGAGUUGAAUUCAGGAUCACAUUACAUACCCAAAAGCAACUCAAAAAACCCUCAAGGGGAAGAUGCUCAUUUUAUAUCUGACAACACGAUUGGUGUAGCGGACGGCGUUGGUGGUUGGGCCAGCCAAGGGAUCGAUUCAGGGAAAUAUUCUCGCCAACUUAUGUCGAACUCAUUGAUCUCAAUUAUGGAACAGGUUCAUUUUAAUGCUGAUCCAAUGCGAGUUUUGAAAGAUGCAUUCAUAAAUACAAACGCGCAAGGAUCAUCAACCGCUUGCAUUCUUACACUCACCAAUGACAAGGUGCGUGCUGUCAAUGUUGGUGAUAGUGGUUUUAUUGUUCUCAGAAGAGGACCUAGUGUUUAUCAUUCACCAACACAACUACAUGGUUUCAACUAUCCGUAUCAACUUGGUUGUGGUAUAUAUUCUGAUAGACCCAGUUCAGUCGAUAUACUGGAAUUCAAAGAAGCUAUGUCCGGAGAUGUGAUUGUAAUGGGAACAGAUGGUUUAUUUGAUAACUUAUACACAAGUGAGAUCGAGAAAAUAAUUCUGGAUGCAGAAGAGGAAGCAACAUCUAAAGGAAGAAAGAUAGAUCCAAAGAAAGUUGCUCAGACAUUAGCAGAGUUUGCCUUGAAGAAGUCUCUAGACCCCGACAAUCCAACUCCAUUCGCAGAAGCGCAAAAAGAAAAUUACAAUUUGAGUAAAGGUACAGGAGGCAAGGUUGAUGAUAUCACCGUCAUUGUUUCAUAUGUUAGUGAGACAUUGCUAAAAGUAUAA